AUGGCCUACGAGCGCCGCAGUCAAGUCGGUCCCUGGAUGUCCCUGCAGGCGCGCGCCAGCCCCACGCUGGGGCCGCGGCAAAGCCCGGCGCUGUCGCCGGCGGACAGGACGGAGCCCUCCGCGCCCCGGCGCGGGGCCGCCCGCGCAGGGCUCCGAGCCGGGGCGCGCGGCGCCCCCGGCUGGGCUUCGGAGGUGGAGACCGCGACGCACGCGCCCGUGGAGGUGCCGCUGUGGCUCUGCCCGCAGCUGUCCUUCCACACCUACCCCGCUGGGGCGCGCCCCGGCGACCUGAACGCCGCGCUGCGGUCGGGCCAGGCGGUGGGCGGCAGGCGGAAGUUGGUCAUGAGCCGUCCGCCACGCCUCGGCGAAGGCUACGACGUGCAGUACCGCGGUCGCGGCGUCGCCUGCGCUGGCGGUGGUCAGGAGCGCCUGUCCGACGCCCUGGGCGCGGCCGUGUCGCAAGCGGCGGCCAGCCCCCGCGGCGGCGGCCAGCCCGGCUCGGCGCUGGGGGCGCGGUCGCCGCUCGGGGAGGAACCGGUAGAGGAGCUGCGGACCGCGGCCGCGGAGGUGACGAUGGCCCCAGCCUGGGGCGCCGUGGGCUACCUGGGCGUGGGCUCGGUGGAGGACGCCGGCGGGAACUUGCUGCAGGCCGACGGUGUGGGCUGCGGGAUGGAGGAGGUGGUGGAGGACUGGCUGACGGCACCCUAG